AUGGAUAAUGGGCAGAGGCAAACCCUGCACUUGAGCAGCAGCAUGAAGAAUAAUGUGGUGCAGUUUCUACUCAAGCACAACCAUGAUGGAGUACUAGCAAGAGGGGCUGUAAUGGAGGCAGCAGAAACUUUUAGCAUUAGUAGGAAGACAGUAUACAGGCUAUGGAAGGCAGCCAAGGAGCAGAUGCAAAGGGGAGAACCUGCAAUGAUAGAAGGAAAGGUUAGAGGCUACCAUCAUGUUGACAGAUUAGAGCUUGAUAAAAAAAAGGUUAGAAACUUAUCUACUCUUGAAAGAUCUUCCCUGAGAAAAAUGGCAGUAAAAUUGAAUGUGAGCAAGAGCACAUUAGGUCAGUGGGUGAAGCAAGUGCAUAUAGAUGAAAAAUGGUUCUAUAUGACCAAGGUAUCAGACAUGUACUACCUCUUGCCGGAUGAGGAUGAGCCAUAUAGGUCAUGCAAAUCCAAGAGAUACAUCACCAAAGUGAUGUUUAUGUGUGUUGUCAGUAGACCACAGUUUGGUAUGGAUGGGCAGGCAACUUAUGAUGGUAAGGUGGGAAUAUUUCCCUUCACUGAAGUACUGCCAGCAUAG